GCCAGCUCCGGCAGCACCAGAGGGCAAAGCACAGCUGAAGGCUCAGAGCUGCGGUCCCAGGCCCUGGGCCAGGACCCCCAGUCAGCGUCAAUGAAAGCAGAAGCCACAGUUAUUCCCAGCCGUUGUGCUAGGGGGCUUCCGUCAUGGCAAGUCCUCAGCCCAGUCCAGACCUGGCAGACAAGUCUACCCGAGAACACGACCCAGCCCAAGCUCCCGGCUCCACGCGGGCACAAGAAGUCCCAGAAGAGGAGCAGCCUUCUCAAGGAGCUGGGGGCCUUCCACAUCACCAUUGCUCUGCUGCACCUGGUCUUUGGGGCCUACCUGGCCUCUACAGUCAAGAGCCUUCACCUGGUGGUGCUGAAGUCUUGGUAUCCAUUCUGGGGGGCUGCCUCUUUUCUCAUUUCAGGGAUCUUGGCGAUAACAAUGAAGAACUUUUCUAAAACUUACCUGAAGAUGUUGUGCCUGAUGGCAAACCUCGUCAGCCUCUUUUGUGUGCUGUCUGGCCUCUUUGUCAUCACCAAGGAUCUCUUUCUGGAGAGCCCGUUUCAGUCCCCGAUCUGGAGAAUGUACCCCAACUCCACGGUCCACAUCCAGAGGCUGGAGCUGGCCUUGCUCUGCUUCACGGUCCUGGAGCUCUUCCUGCCAGUGCCCACAGCUGUCACAGCCUGGAGAGGGGACCAUCCAUCUGCAAAGAAUGACGACGCAUGCCUUGUUCCGAACCCAUCAUUGCAUCUCACAGGCCUGCCGGUGGAGUCCCCGCCAUCCUAUCAGAGUGUGAUGCAAGGGGACACACAACACCAGCAACGUUAG